CACACAUACAUUACAUUUCUUUUUAAAUUUCAGUUCGUGAUUGUAAGACAGCUUAUAAUCCAUUGUUGGUGAAUGCUUGACAUUUAUUCUUUCAAAAAUGGAUUAUGAAAAGUCAAACUCCAACAGCAGCAGUAAAUCUUCACUAAAUGAUGCACAAGUGAUAGCCAUUCAUGACAGUGAAUCUAGUGAUUCAGCCGAAAAUGAGCCAUCUUUUCGAAGCUCCAAAUUGGGAUUAGACAUUAACAGUACAAGCACAGCUGGGAAUGAAUCAACAGCUCCUGAGGAAUUGACCAGACAUGAAUUAAGAAAAUUGAGUUUGGACCAGAAUGGCACUUUUAUGGCAGACUUUGAUCCAGAAAAGUCAAAACGAGAAAUGAGAAAAAUGAAUCGGCGCCUCUACACUAAAGAGUCAAGAAAAAAUCAGCUGUAUGACGACAAAGGAGUCUUCUUGGAGACAUCAAUAGACAUCUGUGAUUGUCUGGAAAAGGAUUGUCCUGGCUGCCAUUUUCCCUGUCCUCGUUGUACCUCUCCAAAGUGUGGCACAGACUGUCGUUGCAAUAGGAAAUAUACUAUAGAAAUGAUAGAGGUGGAAGGCAUGGGCACUGUUUAUAAUUUCCCUUCAUGAGAUUUUGAUUUGCUUUUUAGUCCUCAUAAAAGAUUUUUUUUUUAAAUCAUAGGCAGCCGUGCGAAAGCAUAACAUUAAUUUUGUUAUAUUUAUGGACCUGAUGCUUAAUUUCCAUUUAGGACAAGGCAAACAAAAAUAUGUCUUUAAUGAAAAUUUAAAAUGUCAUUGGCAAUCAAUAUGAAUAUUAUUAAAUUACAUUUAAGUUUAAGAAAAAAUAAUGUUGGUCUACUAAUUUGUAAUUGUUGAAGUAAGAAUAACACACCAAGCCAGUUAAAAAAAAUAUAAUACCCCCUUUAACUGGCUAGGAUGUUCUGAAUAUCACCAGUAACUGUUUGAGUCAUGUGGUGUUUAACACAAUCUAAGGCUGGUUGUUCAAACCAAAGCAACUUAAAAUUGUCCAGCCUAAUAGUUUUGUUAAACAAUUUAAAGGGUCUUGUUACUUUCUCGUAUAUACGAAGUAUAGAGAAAGUCUUGUAAUCGUGCAAAAAAAAAAUAGAGAUUUUUACAAAUCUCGACAUUUUACACCUCACUGAUACGGAAAAACAUAAUUUUGCAAUCUUGUGUAAAUAUGUAAAUAUCAUAUUUCAAGUAAUUGAUUUUAACAUGUUACAGUUUAUGUAAUUAAUAUGUUUUUUUUUUGUGUUUAAAAUUGUUGUCUUAAUCAUUAUUCAUAAUGUAAAUUUUAUCAUGUGUUAAUUAAUUAAAACAUGCAGUUUUUCUUAAA